AGGAUCUUCCAUACCGCUACACACACUAAUGCAAUGUCCUUAGCACACUCUAUAGGACGGAAUAAACAAAGGAUAUCGCCAAAUGUGAAGUUGUCGGAGUUGACGUUGCGUAAGGAUAUAGAUGAUUCGUCGACUGAUACAGUACUGAUUCUAAGAAAUACUUCAUCUGCCAACAGUCAUCCUACCACUGAUAUAAUUAUAAAUGUUCACAGUGGUAUUUUACGAGUCGCAUCUCCUUUUUUCAUGCGUUUUUUCAAUGAGACAGAUAAAUUUGGACUGCAGACUGACGACGCUAAUGCUUCAUCUGACCAGUUUCUGUACACUCUUUCCACAUGUCACCCAUAUGCUGUGCAAAGGAUAAUAUAUUACAUUUAUAAGAAUGAUUAUCAAAAUCUCAACGAGGAUGCCGGGUUAUUGGUUCCUAUAUAUCAAGAAGCGGGUCGCUUUGAAUUAACCGAGUUGAAACACAGUGUAUUGCGUCUUAUACGCAGUCAACACAAUAUAGAGGUUUUGGUGAACUUAUCGUAUGCUGCCGAAUGUGGUGGUGAUGUGGAACUGGCACAGGAGUGCGGUAGAUUGCUCGCCGACGCAGCGUUUGCGGUCUUUUCAUGCGACCUAUUGAAGAAGAUGGGAAUUUCUGCUGUUAGGACGUUGCUAGCAUGUGAUAACAUUCAACUGGAUGAAGUGCAAACGUUUACAGUACUGUGUCAAUUUCUUGAUCAAAACAACAAGUUUGUAACCCCGUACUCGUCUUUGCCUCUUGGCCCUAUAGAAAAGGAUUUCUUGAAACACAUACGAUUUUGUUCACUGUCACCAAAGUCCAUUGAUCGAAUAAGACAUGACAACAUCAGUCCGCUCUUACUUGACGCAGUCCUUCGAAUAUUGCAGGGCACUCAAAAACGCCCUAGGCAUUUUCCGUGGCUUGAGAACGACUGUUACAGUUGUUUGACAUAUAAUGGUCUCUUCCCUGUGGUGACUGUACGGGCAUCUAAGGAACAGUUGGGAUUUUUUGAUCCCAACACUGGCAAUGCAAAACUUGUUUCUCCACCAAUUUCCCAAUUACCAGUAGAUUCCGGAAAUCGGGAAAGCUUUACUACGGGAACUGAACGAGAAAUCAGCAUUGGAUGGUGGGCAUAUGAAGUCUCAAGAACGGAGAAAGGGCGUAUUUCUGUUGGUUUAGCCUUCAGGUCGCAAGAGCCCAUUGAUGAGGCUUCGCGAUUGUCUUUCUUAUCUAUGCCGAAUUCUAGAAGAAUUGUAUUCUACUACGAUUUUGGAGAUGACAGAUUCAAAUCUGGUUAUAUAGACGUUACUAAUCAUCACCAGUUGAACUCUGUUUGGUCUUAUGAUUUAAGAUUAAACAGCAAUGCACACAAACUAAGGCAUAAAGAUGUGAUCACAGUCAAUGUGAUAGUAGCCACAUCUUGCAUUACAUUGAACAUCGGAGUCCUUGACAGUGGAAUGAAACGCACAUUUCAGAUUCCUCAUCGCGCUACGGGCAUAUUAGGCAAUAUAAUCAAGCGUCCAUGUAUCUUCGGUGCUCCAUUCUUCAUCUUGGAAGACAUAGGGGACUCACUCUCCAUACCCGAAUUACGCUUCGACGUUAAUCUAUAAAAACA